AUCGCAUUGAUCUACAGUAUGUUGAAGUGAACCUCUCCUAUAUUAUCCUAUAGAAAAUCGGAGCCAUAGAAUUAGAAAGAGACAUGUAUAUUCAUAAAUUGAUCUCUGUCUUUUUUAUGUUUUACUGCAUUUUCAAAUAAAAGGAACAGAAAGAAAAUAAUUUGUAAAACUCAGAUUUUAUGAAUACAAGCAUUUAAAAAAUGUUGAGGAAUAAUUUGUUAAAGACAUCAUGGUGUAAAUUACGCGCUCGAUAUACGCAUAAAAAUGCGUCUAUACCAAAGGAAGAACUUAAAGUCAAAGAAUGUAAUAUUGCAAAGAUAAGAAACAUUGGCAUAUUGGCGCACAUUGAUGCUGGGAAAACCACCACAACCGAGAGGAUGUUAUUCUACUCUGGUCUUAUCAAAAAUAUGGGAGAAGUGCAUCAUGGCAAUACCGUGACUGACUACAUGGAGCAGGAGCGGCAGCGUGGGAUAACCAUUACUUCGGCUGCUGUUACAUUCAAUUGGAAAGAUUAUCGUUUUAAUUUGAUAGAUACCCCUGGUCAUAUUGAUUUUACCAUGGAAGUUGAACAAACCUUGCAAAUAUUAGAUGGAGCAAUUAUAGUCCUAGAUGGUUCCGCUGGUGUGGAAGCCCAGACAUUAACAGUUUCCAGACAAGCAGACAGAUAUAAUAUUCCUCGAAUAAUUUAUAUCAACAAAAUGGAUAGGAGUGAUGCUGAUUUUGACAUGAGUUUAAAGUCUAUUGAAUCCAAAUUAAACAUAGAGAUAUUACCUAUUCAAAUUCCCAUGAAGGAAGCAGGAGUCUUAGAAGGUAUUGUAGAUGUAAUAACUAUGGAAAAAUUGACAUUUGAUAAGAAACAUCAAGGUAUAAAUCUAAUAAAAACCAAAAUAACUGAAAAAGAUAACGGUAGAUUGUGGGACAUAGUCAGUGAAAAGCGACGAGUAUUGACUGAUAAAUUGUCAGGAUUGGAUGACAAACUAGCUGAUAUCAUUAUAGAACAAGAGUCCCUGGAAAACGUGCAACCGCAAAUAUUGGUCGAUUCAUUACGCAGAGUCACCAUAAAUAGGAAAGGUGUGCCUGUAAUAUUAGGAAGUUCCUAUAAGAAUGUGGGAGUACAGCCUCUAAUGGACAGCGUCAUUCUUUAUCUGCCAUCGCCAGCAAAUGUAAAAAAUUUAAAUCCAUAUCGAUACUUUGGGAAUAAUCUGGCAGCUAGAGUCUUCAAGAUUGUUCACGACAAACAGAGAGGUCCGAUCACUUUUUUCAGAAUCUAUUCCGGCAGUAUGAGGAAGGGCCAGAAGCUGUAUAACAUGACACGCGAGCAAAGCGAACAGUGUACUCGCCUGUACAUCGCUUGCGCUGAUGAUUACGAGGAAGUAGCCGAAGUGGGUCUUGGCAACAUCGCGGCUGUAGGUGGAUUAAAGGGCACCAUCACAGGUGACCUAGUGACGACGAGCUUGUCCGUUGGCAAUCGCAUUAAAGACAUUAUGCUAAAGGAGAACCGACCAGAUUAUGUGAACAAUUUUUUUGCAUCCGGAACAAACUUGCUCGACCCCGUCUUUUUCUGUUCCAUAGAACCGCCUUCUUUGUCAGCGCAAUCUGCCUUAGACACCGCACUUCAGGAAUUACAGAGAGAGGAUCCUAGCUUACGCGUAAGGAAUGAUGCGGAAACGGACCAAAUCGUACUCGCAGGAAUGGGAGAGUUGCAUCUAGAGAUCAUCAAAGAGAGAAUUAAGAAAGAAUAUAAGAUUGACGUAGAUUUAGGUCCUUUACAAAUUGCCUAUAAGGAAACAAUUCAAGACGCCGUUAAAGAUACGCUAGUUGUGGAACACAGGGUAGGCCAGACGAAUCACCAAGUUAAUAUUACUAUGUCCUUGAUACCCAAAUACAAAGGAAAAGAGAAACUGCUUUUGGACAGAUCUCCAGAUAACGCAUCGAAUAUCGAUAGCAUUCAUCCACGAGUACUAAAUGCAAUUAAAAGUGGCGUCAACUCUGCCUUGUUGCACGGCGUCAAGUUAAAUUAUCCAGUAAUUAAUGUUGGUGUCAAGUUGCACUGGUUAGAGGUGGCACGCGGUACUUCGGACACCAUAGUUUCCGCCGCUGCUUCUCAAUGCAUUCGAAAGUUGCUCGAAAGUGGAAAUAGUAUGUUACUAGAGCCCAUCAUGCAAUUGGAGAUUAUUGCACCGGAGGAAUAUUCCCCAAUUAUCAAUGCUGAUCUCGCUCGUAGACGAGCAGAAAUACAACAAAUCGACAUGCGAGGCAAUAAUAAGGUGAUCAGAAUUCUUGCACCAUUAUCAGAAUUAUUAGGAUAUUCAACAGCAUUAAGAAUUAUAACGUCGGGUAGCGCUACAUUUUCACUGGAAUUUAGCCAUUAUCAGCUAAUGACUCCCGAUGUCGAAGACAAAGCAAUUGAUAAACUUAAAGGAUUUUAAAAUGCAAGUAAUAAUGUAAGAAAAUAUUACAUAGAAUCCAAAUUGCUGUAUAUAAUAAUAUUACAUACACAGUACAA